CGGGGCGUUGUGACUGCGAGCUCGCAGUCCCGGGGAGGCCCUGUCCCUGGGCUGCCGUCCUGGCCCUGUGAUGCCGCGCCGGAAGCCUGCCUCAGGUGGCGCUGGUGCCGCCGGCCCAGCCCCUGCAAGGCAGGCGGUUUUGAGCAGAUUCUUCCGGUCUACGGGAGACCUGAAGUCCACGUCCUCCCGUGCGGAUGCAGCCGAGAAGGCGGACCCAGCCGAGAAGGCGGACCCUGACUCCGCAGCGCCCCCAGCGUCCACUUUCCCGCCUCAGUUGCCUCCUCACGUGGCCACAGAAGUUGACAGAAGUGAAAAGAGAGCACUGGAGAAUGAUGGACCUGUUAAAAAGAGGACAAAGAAAGUCCAAAAAAAAGAAGGAGGAAGUGAUUUGGUAAUGCCUGGGAACUCUGAGCCAAAGAAGUGUCUGAGGACCAGAACAGUUUCAAAGUCUCUGGAAAAAUUGAAAGCCUUCUGCUGCGAUUCCGCUCCUCUUCAAAAUAGACCCCCGACAGAGCCUCUUCAGGAGAGAUUUGCAGUUUUGCCAAAAUGUACUGAUUUUGAUGAUAUCAGUCUUCUACGUGCAAAGAAUGCAGCUUCUUCUGAAGAUUCGAAAACACAAAUUCAUCAAAAGGACAAAACACUAACUUCUGAUCCUAAGCCAUCUAACAAACGGACCAAAAGCAUCUACACGCCAUUAGAAUUACAAUACAUAGAAAUGAAGCAGCAGCAUAAAGAUGUAAUUUUGUUUGUGGAAUGUGGAUAUAAGUAUAGAUUCUUUGGUGACGAUGCAGAGAUUGCAGCCCGGGAACUCAAUAUUUAUUGCCAUUUGGAUCACAACUUCAUGACAGCAAGUAUACCUACUCAUAGACUGUUUGUUCAUGUGCGCCGCCUUGUGGCAAAAGGAUAUAAGGUGGGAGUUGUGAAGCAAACUGAAACUGCAGCAUUAAAAGCCAUUGGGGACAACAGAAGUACAGUCUUUUCACGGAAAUUGACUGCUCUUUAUACGAAAUCUACCCUUAUUGGAGAAGAUGUGAAUCCCCUAAUCAAGCUGGAUGAUGCUGUAAAUGUCGAUGAGAUAAUAACCGAUACUUAUACCAACUAUCUGCUGUGUAUCUGUGAAAAUAGAGACACUGUUAAGGACAAAAAAAAGGGGACCAUUUCUAUUGGCAUCGUGGGAGUACAGCCUGCUACAGGUGAAGUUGUGUUUGAUAGUUUCCAGGACUCUGCUUCUCGUUCAGAACUAGAAACUCGGAUACUGUGCCUGCAGCCAGUGGAGCUGCUGCUGCCAUCAGGUUUGUCAGAGCAAACGGCGACGCUCAUCCGCAGAGUGACCGCUGCUAGUGUCCGGGAUGACAGAAUUCGAGUUGAAAGGAUGGAUAACAUUUACUUUGAAUACAGCUGUGCUUUCCAGACGGUUAUAGAUUUUUAUGCAUACGAUAUAGUUGACGCCAAAGGUUCUCAAAAUUUUUCUGGCAUCAUGAACCUGGAGAAGCCUGUGAUUUGCUCUUUGGCCGCCAUAAUAAGAUACCUCAAAGAAUUUAACCUGGAAAAGAUGCUCUCCAAGCCCAAGAAUUUUAAACAGUUGUCAAGUGAAAUGGAAUUUAUGACAAUUAAUGGAACAACAUUAAGGAAUCUGGAAAUCCUACAGAAUCAGGCUAAUAUGAAAACCCACGGAAGUUUACUUUGGGUUUUGGACCAUACUAAAACUUCAUUUGGGAGGCGGAAGUUAAAGAAAUGGGUGACCCAGCCACUCCUUAAAUUAAGGGAAAUAAACACACGGCUUGAUGCUGUAUCUGAAGUUCUUCAUUCAGAAUCUACUGUGUUUGGUCAAAUAGAAAAUCAUCUACGUAAAUUGCCAGACAUAGAGAGAGGGCUCUGUAGCAUUUAUCACAAGAAAUGCUCUACCCAAGAGUUCUUCUUGAUUGUCAAGACUCUGUAUCACUUGAUGUUGGAAUUUCAAUCAUUAAUACCUGCUGCUAAUUCUCACAUUCAGUCACAAUUGCUCCAGACAUUUAUUUUAGAAAUUCCCGAACUUCUCAGCCCAGUGGAGCAUUAUCUAAAGAUACUUAAUGAACAUGCUGCCAAAAUUGGAGAUAAAACUGAAUUAUUCAAAGACCUUUCUAAUUUCCCUUUAAUAAAAAAGAGGAAGGAAGAAAUUCAGGAAAUUACUAACAAAAUCCAAAUACAUCUGCAAGAAAUACGAAGAAUACUAAAAAAUCCUUCUGCACAAUAUGUGACAGUAUCAGGACAGGAGUUUAUGAUUGAAGUUAAGAAUUCUGCUCUAUCUUGUAUACCAACUGAUUGGGUUAAGGUUGGAAGCACAAAAGCUGUGAGCCGCUUUCACUCUCCUUUUAUUGUAGAAAACUACCGACACCUGAAUCAGCUCCGGGAGCAACUAGUCCUUGACUGCAGCACUGAAUGGCUAGGUUUUCUAGAGAAUUUCAAUGAACACUAUCACUCCUUGUGUAAUGCAGUUUAUCACCUAGCAACUAUUGACUGCAUUUUCUCACUGGCCAACGUUGCUAAGCAAGGGAAUUACUGCAGGAUGAUUUCAGAUUGUUUACUCAGAAGAUACGCUAGCUACUGUCUUUGGAAAAUACCAACUCUACAAGAAGGAAGGAAAAUUAUAAUAAAAAAUGGCCGGCACCCUGUGAUUGACAUGUUGUUGGGAGAACAGUAUGUUCCCAAUAAUACAAAUCUAUCAGGGGAUUCAGAGAGAGUAAUGAUAAUUACGGGACCGAACAUGGGUGGAAAGAGCUCCUACAUAAAACAAGUUGCGUUGAUCACUAUCAUGGCUCAGAUUGGCUCCUACGUUCCUGCAGAGGAAGCAACAGUUGGGAUUGUGGAUGGCAUUUUCACAAGGAUGGGAGCUGCAGACAACAUAUGUAAAGGACAGAGUACAUUUAUGGAAGAACUGACAGAGACAGCAGAAAUAAUAAGAAAAGCAACGUCACAGUCCUUGGUUAUCUUGGAUGAGUUGGGAAGAGGGACAAGCACCCAUGAUGGAAUCGCCAUUGCUUAUGCUACACUUGAGCAUUUUAUUAGAGAUGUGAAAUCCUUAACCCUGUUUGUCACUCAUUAUCCACCAGUUUGUGAACUAGAAAAAAGUUACUCACAACAGGUGGGGAACUAUCACAUGGGAUUCUUGGUCAAUGAAGAUGAAAGCAAAGAGGAUCCAGGCAAAGAAGAACAAAUCCCCUCCUCUGUCACUUUUCUUUAUCAAAUAACCAGAGGAAUUGCAGGAAGGAGCUAUGGACUCAAUGUGGCUAAACUAGCAGAUGUUCCUGGAGAAAUUUUAAAGACAGCAGCUCGCAAAUCAAAAGAUCUUGAAGGAUUAGUGAAUAUGAAAAGGAAAAGGCUAAAACAUUUUGCAAAGUUAUGGACAGUAAAUGAUGCAAAAGACCUUCAAAAGUGGACAGACGAGUUUGCAGUAGAAGAAAUUACAGACCUGUCUUCCUGAUUAAAAUGAAGACUACGUUUUUGAACAAAAAGAUGGAGAAUUAAAAAUAUCACCUACACAAAACAACUCUUCAGGAACAACCCAUCUUCAUGUGACAUGUGAGCACCACAAAAAUGUGACCAUUGGAAUGUCCCCGUCGGGAUAGUGCCGUUGGAAACAGGGAGACCUUUGUGUAGAAAGCCUGUUUCAGGUUCCUGUCUUCCGACUUUUAAAAGCAUAAACUCUCAAAUGUGAAGACUUCUGCUAUGCAAUUAGAAAAUUUAACGGACAGUAAGCUUCAUAUAAAAUCAAAACCCCUAAGUAAAACCUGAAGUGAUAGAAUACAAUUCAUGAACUUUUAGAGUGAUACAGAAACUUUAAUUUGUGUAUUUUUAUUUGUUUGAGUUCAGAUAAUUUGCAGCUAGGUGAAAUGUUUGGCAAGAAUCUACACUUUCAUUUUAACCAAAAUAAUUGUAUAAAGCCACUGGUUUAUUCACCAUGAACAUAAGGAUUUUGGAUAAGAAAUAGAAUUAUCAAGCUUUUAGAAACUAGAGCACGGAAGGAAUAAGGCCAUAUGAAAUUUGAAAAUCUAAAUAAAUAUUGUUAUAAUUUUAAGCAUUUAAAGUUAGAUGAAAUUAUUUGUCAUUCAUUCAAUUAAUAAACAGUUAAUGAAUGUUGUUGGGUUCUCUCAAGUCUAUUCUGACUUAUAGUGACCCCAUGUGACAGAGUAGAACUACCCCAUAGAGUUUUUUAGGCUAAAAAAAAAAAAUUUUUUUUUUUUUUGGCUUUAACAAAGAGCUUAUUUCCUCACAGUAAAGUAGGCUAAAAGUCUAAAUGCAGCUCUUCAGCUCCAGGGAAAGGCUUUCUCUCUCUCGGCCUUCUCAUCAGUCUUUCCCAGACUAGGAGCUUCUCUGCACAGGGACCCUGGGUCUAAAGGAUGCGCUCUGCUCCCAGCACUGCUUUCUUGAUGGCAUGAGGUCCCCCCAGGCUAAAAUCUUUACUGAGGCAGAUCACCUGCCAGAUCUUUCUCCCACAAAGCCGCUGUAUGAGCUCAAAACUCCAACCUUUCAUUUAGCAGCCAAGCAUUUAACCCUUUGCACCACCAAACCAAAACCCAUUGCCGCCAAGUCAAUUCCAGCCAGCUCAUAGCAACCCUAUAGGACAGAGUCAAACUGCACCAUAGGGUUUCCAAGGAGCGACUGGUGGAUUCGAACUGCCAGCCUUUUGGUUAGCAGCCGAAGACUUAACCACUGUGCCACCAGGCCUAUUUGUGCCACCAGAGCUCUUUAAUUAGUAAAUACCUGUUUAAAAUUAUGGUAUGCUCUGUUGAAUUUUUGAAGUUUUCAAAUAUCUGACAAUUGUCAUAUUUUUAGCUUUAAUUAUGGAACCAGGGUUGUUGCACCUACCAUACCAAUAUACAGAACUGAAUUUACUAAUUUUAGACCUUUGUAUUAAUUCACGUAACAAAUUUAUGAUUUCCCCAGCUUUGAAGAUUCCAAACAGCGCUCCCUCCCUGCAUGUUUUGGGUGAGCACGUGCUCAACUGUAUCCCCUGAGUUUUUUACAGUACUUGAACACCUGACUUCUCAUAUCUGUGUGUUCUUUUUGUUUCUGAGUAUAUGAUCUUACACAAAAGCUGUCCAUCUAGUUUCCCAUCCUCUUGUUAUUCCCGCUCAGUUAACUGUCUUCCCCACAUUUGAUGAGCGUUUUUUUAAUUCCUUCUUCCAGAUCAUUACCCACAGUGGCCCUACCAGUGAUGCCUGGAAUCAGUACAUUCUCCCCUAGUUGGUGAUGAGUGGUUGGUUACUACACUUUUGAGUCAUUCACCUUAGCCAUCUGAUUCCUACUUAGGGUAUGAUGUACUGUGAUUGAUUCCACCAUCAUUCCCGAAAUAUUAAGGUAUGGGGGAAUUCUCAAAAAUUUCUCAAAAUAGACUCAGUUGAAAUAUACUGUUUAAAUUUUAAAAAAAGAAUAAAAUGGUAUGAUUGUGUUUUAUAUUCUUUCUAACAAAAUUUCAAAGGUAAUCCCACUCCUAGGUAUAUUACCUAGUGAUCUAAUAAAAGAGACAUAGACACAUACACGUCUGUAUUCACUGCAGCACUAUUCACAAUAGCAAAAAUAUGGAAACAGCCUAAAUUCCCAUCAGUGGAUGAAUGGAUAAACAAAAUGUGGUACAUACAUAAAAUGAAAUGCUACACAGCCAUCAAGAAUAAUGAUGAGCCCUUAAAACAUCUUACAGCUUCGACGAAUCUGGAGGACAUUAUGCUGAGUGAAAUAAAGGACAGGUUUUAUGUGAUUGUACUUUUAUAGGAAGACAAGAAUAGAUACAUAUACAAAAACCAAUGCUCAUAGGCGAUCACCAGGGAUGGGUAUGGGUGGGAGUGGGAAGAACACACUUGAGAUAGUAGACACUUGUUAUUUUUGGUGAUAGAAAAGGAAGCAGCAAAUGUGGGAGAAGUGCACACAGCUUGACCAAAGUAAAUGGUGUCACUAAGAAGUGCACAAGAGAAAAGGACUUUUUUGGUAAAGGAUAUGGCAAAUACAAUUUUGCGACAACAACCAAAAAAUAUGUCUGUGGUUACACAAAUAUGAUAUAGGCAUAUAUGUGUAUGGGUAUGAAUAUGUGGGUACAUAUGUAUGCACAGAUAGAUGUAUCUGUAGGUAUAUGUACAUACAGGUAUGUGUGUGCAUGCAUGUAUAUCCAUAUAUAUAACAAACCACACAGGGGUCACAGUUACGUAUACUUCCUAGACAUAGCCAAACACCUCACAAGAUUGAUUUUCUGGGUUUGAAGGCUGAAGAUCAUAGUCUUAUGGGAUAACUCAGUCAGUUGGCAUAAUAUAGUUCAUAAAGUUUAUGUUCUGCAUUCUAAUCUGGUGAGUAGUGUCUGGGGUCUUAAAAACUUGCGAGUGGCCAUCUAACAUCUAACCCUAACCCUAACCCUAACCCUAACCCUAACCCUAACCCUAACCCUAACCCUAACCCUAACCCUAACCCUAACCCUAACCCUAACCCUAACCCUAACCCUAACCCUAACCCAUUGGUCUCUACUCGUCCAGAACAAAAGAGGAAGAAGGAAACCGAAGACUCAGAGAAGAAGGUAGUCUCCAGGACUAAUAGUCUACAGGAACCAUGGCCUUAUCUAUCCAGAGACCUGAAGAACUAGAUAGUGCCUGGCUACCACUACCAACCGUUCUGAUUAGGGCCACACAGAUGGAUCCUGAUAGAAUGGGAGAAAAAUGUGGAACAGAACCCAAAUUCUUAAAAAGUUCAGACUUACUGGACUAGUUGAGACUAGAGGACUCUCAAAGACUUCUUGCCCUGAGAUACGCUUUAAACCUUGAACCAAAACUGUCCCUUGAGGUAACCUUUUAGCUAAAUAACAGAUUGGCUCAUAAAAUUAAGACUAUCAACUAUGAGUAAUGAGCUUCUUUAUAAAAAAUCAUCUAUAUGAGACCAAAUGGUCAAAAAUCACUCUAAAGCAAAGAUGAGAAGGUAAGGGAGCAGGGAAACUACUGGAAAUGAUACAAUCAGAACAUAAUAAGAAUGAUGACACAUUGUGAAAAGUGUAACCAGUAUCACUGAAUAAUUUGUGUAGAAAUUCUUGAAUGAGAACCCAAUUUGCUGGGUAAACUUUCACCUUAAACAAACAAACAAAAAAAUGUAGUGGUAUAGCCUACUGUGGCAGGCCAGUGAGGAAAGGAAGUGAUUCCAGGAAUGGCACACCCAUGCCUGGGGAGCUGCAGGUACCAGCAAUCAAUGGUAGUGUCCACGUGAACAUUCAGGGCCAUCUCUGGCUUGGUCCAGAGCAGCAUCGGCAUCCAGGAAGGUGUAGGUUCCAGGAGCAGUGUGUCCAGGCUAUGACAUAGUCAGCAUUUAGCCAAUUACAGUGUGAAGCUUUACAGGGUAGAUUCUCCAACAUGAAGCAGGAGGCCAGCCAGCUUGGGCAAGGGCAGGCCACUCCAAGUUGGGGAGAUCAGGCUGCAGUUCUAAGCAAAGGUCAUUCCCAGUCAGGGUCCUGGGGUGUUGAAAGAAAACAGGCAGAAUCCCCGUCACAAAGACUGGGCAAAUGCAGUGUAGAUGGGCAGGAAAGCUGCAGCUUGAUGAGGCACAUACUCCAGAUACCAAACUUAGGGGUGAAUUCUAGUGCUAGACAUAACCUUCAUAUGUGAGUGUGGGGCUGCUGGUGUUUCGCCAGGGCUCUCCGAUUCAAUGUGAAUGGGCCUGAGCCUGGUGGUUAAAUGUUUUGGAUACCACACCCAGAAGCUAGGGAAGACAGGGCUGACUAUGGCCAAUGUCAAGGAUAUCAACUUUGAAGUAUGAUAUAUUUCUUUAAGUGACUUGUCUUUUUAGCCCAAAAAUUCCAAAUUAAGAACUAAUGAUUCUGUAUUAACAACCACCAGUUUCCUCAAAUACCUUCUUUAACCAUUCAGUUUAAUAAAGCCAACCUUGAAUAAAUACCAAAACACCUUUAUACCAGUUUCAACUUCAGCUUCCCUGAUCCUUCAUCUCUCAUUGAUGUGGAUUAUUCUACAUUGGCUUUUAAAUGUCUUCUACCAUAAUAAUAUAGUAUUAUAAGAAUAUUUAAAAAUCAUGGGACCAUAGUUUAUAAUUUCAAAAGGAAAAAAUUGAAUUUUAUAAUUUAAGAAAAAAUUUUAAAGGGAACAAUAUAAGAAUCUAAUUUUUAUCCCACACUCAGUAUUAGAAUUAUGAUUCCCAAGCACCACCUAAACCAAUUGAAUUGCAGUCUUUGGGAAUGAGACCUAAGCAUAAAAUUUUCUAACAGUUCUAUUGAGAUUUAGCUCAUUUACCAUACAAUUCACACAUUUAAAGUAUACAUUCAGUUGUUUUUAGUAUGUUCACAGAGCUGUACAACAAUCAAUUUUAGAACAUUUUUAUCCCUUUGAAGUAGCGCCAUCGGAGACAGAGGUCUUUUGUGUAGAAAACUAUUUUCAGGUUCCUGUUUUUUUAUCUUCCUAACUUUCAAAAGUAUAAACCUUUUGAAGCCUAAAGUGAGCUUUUAAAGUGUGAUACAAAAAUUUAAUCCAUAUUUUUAUUUGUUUCAGUUCAGAUAAUUUGACACUGGGUAAAAUGUGUGGCAGGAAUCUACCUUUUCUGUUUUUAACUAAAAUAAUUGUAUAAAGCCACCAGCUCAUCACUAGGAACAUAAGAAUAUUUGAUAAGAAAUAGAAUUAUGAAGCUUUGAGAAACUAGAGCACGGGAGGAAUAAGGUCAUAUGAAAUUUGGAAAGUUAAAUAUUGUCACAGCUGAAAGACUGGUGGUUCAAACCCACCCAGAGUCUCCUCAGAAGAUGGGCUUGGUGAUCUGCUCCUGAAAGGUCACAGCCUUGAAGACCCUCUGGAACACAGUUCUACUCUGACACACAUGGGGUUGCCAUGAGUUAGAAUCCACUCGAAGGCACUUAACAACAGCUACCUAUUAACCCACAACAGCUACCUAUUAGCCCACAACAGCUACCUCUUAGCAGUCACUUCUAAUUCCUGCCUAAAGCCUCCAGCCCUAGGCAAUCACUUAUCUAGUUUCCAUGUCUAUAGAUUUGACUAUUCUGGUCAUUUCGUGGAGCCCUGCUGGCACAGUGGUUAAGAGCUCAGCGGGUAACCAAGUCGUUAGUUAGAAUCCACCAGCCCAGCUCCUUGGAAACCCUGUGGAGCAGUUCUACUCUGUCCUGUAAAGGUACUAUGAGUCGGGAUUAACUCCAUGGCAAUGGGUUUGGGGUUUUGUUUUGUUUUUUGCUUGGUCAUUUCAUAUGAAUGGAAACAUGCGAAAUGUGGUCUUUUGUGUCUGGCUUUUUUCACUUAGCAUAAUAUUUUCAAGAUUCACCCAUGUUGAACCCAGGUAUCAGUAUUUUAUUUUUUAUUGCUACAAACAGAUUGUAUGUGUCUACCACAUACAAUAUACAAUAUGGUAUAUACUGUUGGUAUAUAUACCAUUGGUAUAUACUGUAUACUAUUUUUUAUUGUGUAUAUAUACUUUUUUUUAAUCCAUUCAUCAGUUGAUGGACAUUUGGGUUGUUCCCACUUUUUGGCUACUAUGAAUAAUACUGCUUUGAACAUUCAUGUACAAGUUUUUGUGUGGCAAGGCAUCAUAUUUUUUGUUAAGCUUCCCAAGUAAUUCUACUAGGCAGUCAGUUUGUGAACCACUGGUCUCAGUGAUUACAAAGGACUAAACAAUAUUUUUCAUUGAGCUGACAGCCGUGUGGUCCAUCUGUCCUCUGCUUUACUGUUACUGAGCAGAGUAUGACAUACUAUACCAAAAAAAAGAAAAAAUCCAUUUGUCAUCAAGUCCAUUUUGACUCGUAGUGACCCUAUAGGACAGAGUAGAACAGCCCCAUAGGGUUUCCAGGGAGCAGCUCGUGAAUUCACUCUGCCGACUUUUUGGUUAGCAGCCAUAGCUCUUAACCGAGCCACCAGGGCUCCUAUGGCAUAUUACAGACCUUCAAUAAAUAUUUGUUGAAAAAGAAAAACCAAGCCAUUUUGGGUCAGAACCGCAAUGAAAAAAUGCUUCUUUUCAUAAUCAAGGCACCAUUUUAUGAGGGUUCAAGAUGCUUACAGAAGUCUACAGUAUCUUAAAACAUGAAAAAAAUAAACAUUUCUUCUGACAAUUUGUCCAAGCAUGAGCGGUGGUGAUUGUAGUGGUAAUGAGGUUGGUGAAACAGUGCCCACUGUGUGAAUCCUGGAGUAUAGACUAAAUUGGAUCCAGUGUGGUCUACAAAUUAAUGUUGACCUUUACUAAGUUCUGAGAUCAAUAUUAAUUACUGCUGUGCCAUGUAAUUAUAAAAGUUCUAUUUGAUGUUCUACACCAAGUAUAUGGGUGGAGAGAGAAAGGAACUUAACACUGUGAUUUCUAACUGUAAUUAAGCUCGGUUCCUAUUUGGAACAUAGCAGUUAGUAUAUAUGAUUAUUGUUAUGUUUAUUAAUGUCCAGAGAAGUAUUACCACUGGGAAGAUAUCUAACAGUUCUACACCUGUUUUCCUGACAUAUUUAUUAACAGCCCCUUUUACUCAAGCAUCCCAUUUUGGUUAAUAAGUGAUAUGAUUAUCCCAGUUAUGGGAAUGUUUAUGGGCACAGUGACUGACUUGAUAGAUUUUAAAUGUCAUCUUAAAAUCCAUUUUUUUCUUACUCAUUCCAUAAACUGAUUUUUAUCCCAGAGACCUGCCAAUUGUUUCUGUCUGUGCUUAAUAAAUGCUUUGUAUUGUGGUGGUUAGGAACUGCAUGUCUCUGCUAAUUGGCAUAUUAGAGCUUUAUUACCUAGUCUGGUUUUGAAACUAAAUCCCCCGAAGAUAACUUGUCACCCGCCUUGUUUCCAGGAAAUCAUGGUGAAGGAUGUGCACCUACAAGACUUCCUGAGAAGCACAGCAGGGCUCUCUUCUUGCAGGAAAAAUUACUGAGCUGGGAAGAAGAAUCCUUUUCUCUAGUUUAGUCCUGUGCUCAAAUCCUCCCUUCAUUGCCUUUAACUGUAGCCUCCCCCCCCUUUUUUUUAAACAUUCAGAACAGUUUUAUUUUGACUUUAGGAAUGUGUGUCUUUUUAAUCUCCUUUUCAGCCUCAUGCCGCCUUUUUUUUAAAUCUCGCUUCCAUGAUGCCCCCUCAUUGGACGUAGAUGGCCCUCUCAGAAUCAUCAAAGGAGAGUUCUAAAAUCAGAUUUCUAGGCUCCACCCUAGUUCUACUGAACCUGAAUCUCUGAGGUUGGGACCCAGGAACAUCAAUGUUAAUUCCUCUCUCCGUCUCUUCUCUGCUGUCUCUCCCACUUCUCGUUCUUGUAUCUCCCUACAUGGUGAUCUUGCAUCCAAAGGAACUUGCCAAAAAUCAUAUUCCUUGGAUUAUAUACCCUUUCUUCUAAGAUUCUGAUUUAGAUCUGGCGAGGAGCCCAGGAAACUUUCAUUUUUUAACUGAGUAUCAAAAGUGAUCGCAGUGCAAGUAGCUAAAGGAUCAUGUUUGAGAAACAUGGCAGUAAUGCCUUCAACCUCUCAUCUAUCAGAAACCACUUCUGCAUCUAACCAUGGGCUGUUAAUUUCUCCAAGCUCUUUAGAUUUAACAGAAUAUCAGGCAGAAACAAACAUUAAAAGUUGCGUUUUUGUGUUGAGAUUUAAAGAUGUGUCUGUAAAAAGCAUGCAUUUUGUCUCAAAUUGUUCACAAACUCUCUGCUGUAUAUUCUAAAUAUUUAAAUCAAUGCAUAGCAUUGUCAGGAAAGGAGGUAAUAAAAAUAUCCCCAAGCACUAAUUCUGCUUCAGGACCUUGAGCAACUACAGUUUUCUAGCGAUCAAUAGCUUUUCUUGCAGUAUAUAAGCUUGGUUUCUAAAAUAUUCUUUUGCUGUAGAUACAAAAACAUGAUGAACUUAAUCAGAAAAGAGUUGUUGAUGGACCCAAGAAUUGACUCAUACUCUAUAAGCAACAAACAGGUCCCCUUGCAAGUGAGUGCUGGCCUGUAGUAUUAGCACCUUCCAGAACAAUCCCUGCUAUAUUAGAAACCAUGGAGUGAGGUUUGGAAAAAAAAAAAAAAACCCAGUAAGGUAGUGUUCUCUGGAAGAAAGAAAA